GACAACUCGAGCUACAUGUCCCACCACCUCGUGUUCCCGCACUGAAAUUUGUGUUCUUGGGACAUCUACAUCGACAUAGCGUCACAAUGGUUUCGCUCCCAGGAUGAACGAGGACAUCUCAACCAUGAGCGUAGGUCUGGGCAACGAUUCAUCGAUCCUCCGCAUGUUUGUGAACAUGUACUCCUGUCCUGAAUGCUUUAACUCCGUAUGCGGUCUGCCGUUAUCACGUCAGACUAUAGGGGUGAUACUACCGGGUUUGGAGCAUGGUUAGAGACGUCCUAGUCCUAAUCUUCCAAUCAAGAUGCGCGAUGGUCCAUUUUAGGAUGAGCUUGUUCAACGCAGCAAUCGAAGCUUCAAUGCCCGUCCUGGCUGGGUAAUCAUCGCACUAAUACACCCUUCAAGACGCUCAAAUGUCAUAUGUGUUGAUACGCAGCAGACUCUUCUAUCCCUCGUGACACGGCUUACCCACAGUAUCUUGUCUCUCACUGAGGGGCCCACUUUGUUUUUUGAGCCACCGCACUGAAUUCGAUAUCCUUAUACACCACACCAGUAUGAGUUGGGGUGAAUUAGGGUCUGGAAUUCAGGCAGUUCCUGGCAAUUCUCUUCAUACCGCUUACGAGCGAGCUCUCACUGGAGGCGUCUUCAUCGAUACUGUCUUCUACGUCUAUUCUCGCAAGAAAUCUUCAGGUGGAGUUUAUGCUCCCCGACCCAUCUUCGCAUCCAGCGCGAUGUUGAAACCUGCGUCGUCGUACUUCAAUAGUCUGUUAGGAGGGAGAUUCCAGGAGGGUCAGGUUGGGAACAUAGAUGCCGGUUUCCCUGAAGACAAACCAACGUCUAUGGAUGAGUACGACUAUGAUUCGGAUAGUGAUCUGGAGCUGGACGACGACGAUGCUCCUCAGGCGCUCGAUGUCGUCCAUGAUGAUAUAGAUGUGGCGGCGGACGCGAGCGGAAAUUGGGAAACUAUGUACCAUAUUGAGUCUGCGCCGGUGCGAAUUGUCGUUUCCGAGCAAGACGUCGUUGUUUCCGAAAGCACCACCCACACAACCGUGAGUAUUUUUAAUCUUGUCCCCCUGUCUCGCCGUCUGUCCGUCUGCCUGUCUAUUGAUUGUGUAUGUCAGGCACCCACAACCUCACCAGCUCCUCAAGCGAGCACAAAUGAAACAGUCCAACCCAGUCCAACGAUACAACAUGAUACCAUCGUUACAGCUCGUAUGGGCCGAAUUGUCCUGAUUCGUGACUUUGCCUACACAACGUGGCUGGCUCUCUUGUAUUACCUCGGUACCAAGGAAUUGGUCUUUGCUCCUUUACGUUCUAAGGGAGAACGUGGGCAACGUGCACCUCGGCGUUGCUCGCCAAAGUCGAUGUAUAGACUUGCUCAUAUGCUGGACUUGAAUGACGUGAAGACUCUAGCCAUUCAGAAUCUAAGAUCUCAACUCCAGACGAAGAUCAUCUUUCCGGAACUCUUCUCGAGUGUGACGACAACAUACCCGGAGAUUACGCAAGCACUCGUCGAUUACUUCAUGCAAUAUCACAACUCCAAUGACGUGAUCCAAGCAGCUCCGACUUGGAUUGACAAGGUCGCCAGUGGCGAACUGGCGAACUGUAGCAGUACCUUCAAGGCCCUCGUGAUCAGGCUUCUCUCGGUACCUCCGUCUGCACAGCGAGGCUACCGAUAUUGACUUUAGUCAUUAUGCGUCGUACGUAUAUCGUGUGGGCCUUGAAGGGAUCUUGGAAUUGGCGGUAAUGACGUACAGUGGAUCAACACUCUUCGAAAUGAUAAUGCAUGUUGUCUCUCUGAUUUGUGUUGAACCCCUUGAGCAUAGGUGGCAGCUUCAGAGUUCUGUAGUUACGCUUUGACUAUAACGUAGGCUACUCCAUUGACUGUAUUGUCCGGCAAAUGCAUCGAUGGCAUAGUGUAUGACGGAUCGAUCUUGUACACCCUCGGGGGAUC